AUGAUGAUCCAGAAGAGGAAAUACGAAGAGCUAAAGUCGCUUUACGACAAAAAUAAAUUAGAAGACUUCGAUUAUACAGAUGAAGAUAUCGAUAGUUUGAGAAAACAACUUAUACCCCUCCCAAAGUCAGAAAAUCAGCAAGACGAUCAACCACCAACGAAAAAACUUAAAGUAGAGCAAGUAGAUGAGGAUGUAAUACCUGAACAACCAAAGCAAAAAGCGAACGUAGACGUCGAUGCCCUAACAGUUGGCGUUUCUGUCGAUGCAGAUGAUGCAGCUAAAGAAGCACAACCAAAGAAGCAGCGACCUGCUGUAAUUGAAGAACGACAAAAGAUCAUUCAAUUUAAAGUAGUGAAAAAUGAUCCAAGUCUACCUGAAGAGGAACAAACACAGAAUUUAAUCAUUCUAGCUGGUCUUAAAGCAAUUUUUCAGAAACAAUUACCAAAAAUGCCUAGAGAGUAUAUAGCUCGCCUGGUUUAUGAUAGGAACCAUCGUUCAAUGGCCAUCGUAAAAGAAGGUUUGCAGGUUAGAGGUGGUAUCACAUGGCGACCAUUCGAAAGUAGAGCUUUCUCUGAGAUUGUCUUCUGUGCUAUCACUGGUACGGAGCAGGUAAAAGGAUAUGGUUCUCAUCUCAUGAAUCACCUUAAAGAUUACAUAAAAUCAACUUCCUCAAGUAGGCAUUUCUUAACUUAUGCUGAUAACUAUGCGGUUGGAUACUUUAAAAAGCAAGGUUUUACCAAGGAGAUCAGUCUUCCGCGUGAAAUCUGGACAGGAUAUAUCAAAGAUUAUGAAGGUGGUACUCUCAUGCAGUGCUCGAUGUUACCUAAAAUCAAAUAUUUGGAUGUUCAUGACACGCUAACGCGACAAAAAGAUAUCGCUUUAGCCAAGAUACGUGAAUACUCCAAGUCACACAUUGUACAUGAUGGAUUGCAUCAAUUUAAAGAUGCUCCUGAAGGCUUCAAAUUGGAUUAUAGAGAUGUACCAGGUUUGAGUGAAACUGGAUGGAAUCCCGAAAUGGACGCUUUAUGCCAAAGACCAGCCCGUAACCCAGACUUCGCAAUUAUGCACCACUUACUAUCUGACCUCCAAAAUCAUGCUUCCUCGUGGGCCUUCCUUAAUCCAGUCAAUAAGGAUGAAGUUACAGAUUAUUAUGAGGUAAUCAAAGAACCGAUGGAUUUAAGUACAAUGGAGCAAAGGCUUGAAGAAAAUGUUUAUGAAAACCUUGACGCUUUCCUUAAUGAUGCCAGUAAAAUUUUCAACAAUUGCAAAGCCUAUAAUGGUGAGAAUAGUAGCUACACCAAGAAUGCAAUACGGCUGGAGAAGUACCUCAAGGAGAGAGUCCAAGCUUGGAAAACUGAUUAA